AUGCUGCAGGGCAACGCGACCCCCUCCGGAGACCUCCAGAACCGUGGGAGCAUCGCUUUCCUAUGCAGGCCACCUUUGUUCAGGUUCGUUCAAGAGCUGCACGGCGCAGAGUUGACGAUAGCAGCCACGGUCGGCUCCCAGUCCGAGGUGAUGGACGCCAGGCAGGACCGCCCCGCUAUAGUUGGAAAGCGGGUCCGGCUGCGAAGCUCGAUGACGUUGACCGCGAGUUACGCCCGUCUGCGCAGCGAGCCGGGCAUAGCCAUCAUCUGGCUGUGGCUCCUGCUCGCACUUCUGCUGGCAAGGUGCCGCGGGCGGCGGCGACCGGCGCGGCGGGGCGGGCGCGGAGCGGGGCGGCCGCGAGCGCGGGGCGCUGGGCAGGCUGGGCGGCCCCGAGUGGGUGGCCGCCAUGCUGCAGAGGGAGCCCCCGUGCCUCAACCUGAACGCCGUCGCCCCGUCCCCCAGCCGGGUGAACCGCGUCAAGGUGAACGAGGACGUCGACAGCAUGCAGCAGUACGGCUCCCAGAUGAUCCCGGGCAGGACCUUGCUGCAAGGCCUCUUCCAGAGCUUGCUGGAGGGCGUGCGGUUCCCGCCCUCGGACUUGGAGCUGAGCUGGCGCACCCGCGAGCACGUCCAGGGCCCCACGGGCUUCGCGGGCGCGCUGGAGAAGCAGCUGCCUCCCGAACCUGGUCCAAGGUCAAAGAAG